AUGUCGCUUUCAGUGUUUAAAAAUGUUUCCUUCCUUCUCGUCCGAGUUCCUUCCUUUCUUUUCCUUCCUUUCUUUCAUUUCCUUUCAUUCUUUCUUUCUUAUACUCUUCCUUCCUCUCCUUUUCCUCCCUUCUUUCCAGGUUUUAAUUAUUCUUCUUUCUUUCGACAGUUCAAAGACUUAACAAAAACAGAACACAUUCACUUUAUUAAUUCCCUUUCUUUCUUUCUUUCUUCCUUCCAGUGUUUCUUUCUUUCUUUCUUUCUUUCAGUUUCUUUCUUUCUUUCCUCUCCUUUAUACAACUCCACUCCUUUAAAACAAUUUCUUCCUUCCUUUCUUUCUUUCUUUCUUUCCUUCUUUCUUUCUUUCUUUCUUUCUUUCUUUCUUUUAUUCAACUUAUACCCCGUUACUAUCCUCUCUUUAAAAAUUCCUUCUUUCUUUUCUUUUUUUUCUUCCUUCCUUUUCUUUUCUUUCUUUCUUUCUUUUCUUUCUACGCUUAUACCCGAUACUAUCCUCUCCAAAACAAUUCCCUUCUUCUUUCUUUCUUUCUUUCUUCCUUCCUUUCUUUCUUUCUUUCUUUCUACGCUUAUUUUUAUCCUCUCCUUUAAAACAAUUCCCUUCUUUCUUUCUUUUGCCUUUUCCUUCCUUUCUUUUCUUCUAUUCUUUCCAUUCUUUCUUUCUUUCUUUCUUUCUUUCUUUCUUUCUUUCUUUCUACCCUUUACUUUUUAUCCCCCUUUAAAAACAAUUCCCUUCUUUCUUUCUUUCUUUCUUUCUUCCUUCCUUUCUUUCUUUCUUUCUUUCUUUCUACGCUUAUACCCGUUACUAUCCUCUCCUUUAAAACAAUUCCCUUCUUUCUUUCUUUCUUUCUUCCUUCCUUUCUUUUUUCUUUCUUUCUUUCUUUCUUUCUUUCUUUCUUUCUUUCUUUCUUUCUACGCUUAUACAUGUUACUAUCCUCUCCUUUAA